AUGGAUUUUCUUCCUUCACAAGUUUGGACUCGCCGUGAUCCUUUGUUCCAAAAACUUGUUCAUGCGGACAUGCUAGAAAGAAGAAUGAGGAUUGAUAUUCCUGAAUUUUAUGUUGGCUCAAUUAUGGCUGUAACAAUGUCUGACCCAAACUUACAGCAACGCCAAAACAGAUUUGUGGGCAUUUGCAUUCGUCGAGAAAAGGAAGGUCUUCACCAUAAUUUUACUUUGCGCAAUGUGAUUGAUGGAUUAGGUGUUGAAGUCAUGUUCGAAAUUUAUAACCCAACAAUUCUUAAAAUUGAGACGCUUUUGUUGGAGAAACGCUUAGAUGAAGACCUCACUUACCUUGUUGACGCAUUGCCAGAGUAUAGCACUUUUAGCUUUAAUAUGGAAUCAACUAGUCAUCCUGUUGGAAAGCAUGUUCCAGUGAAUCCGUUAAAGGUAAAACUCAAACCUCCACCUUGGUUAAGACCCUGGUUUAUAUACGAAGUCAACGGUAUUGAAGAUUCCUUUACUGGUUCAACACCUUGGUUCAAAAGAAAAUUUCUUCAGCACGCAGAUUUGAUGUGUUUAAAGCGUUUUGAUAUAAUUAAACAUUACAGACAAUUUGCACAAGAAUUAGAAAGUGAUUUGGCUGUCCAAAAAAGAAUUUUAGAAUUUGAAGAAGGAAAAAGAAAAAUUGUUGGGGAAGAAGGAAAGGAAGUGAGAAGGAAGCCAAUAUUAAAAUCAAUGUCUGGGAAUUUGAAAGAAAUUUAUUUAAAUAUAGCUUCAAAAUAG